AUGGUGAAGCUGGACAUACACACGCUGGCUCAUCACCUCAAGCAGGAACGGCUGUAUGUAAACUCAGAAAAGCAACUUAUUCAAAGGCUCAAUGCCGAUGUGUUGAAGACGGCUGAAAAGCUGUACCGCACAGCAUGGAUUUCCAAGCAGCAAAGGAUUAACUUGGACAGGCUGAUCAUAACAAGUGCUGAGGCUUCUCCAGCUGAAUGUUGCCAGCAUGCUAAAAUCUUGGAGGACACGCAGUUUGUGGAUGGAUAUAAGCAGUUGGGAUUUCAGGAGGCUGCUUACGGAGAAUUCCUCAACAGAUUGAGAGAGAACCCUAGGCUUAUUGCAUCCUGCCUGGUUGCCGGAGAGAAGCUCAACCAGGACAACACUCAGGGUGUCAUUCACACGGUCUUUACCUCCAUUUAUGGCAACUGCAUCAUGCAGGAGGACGAGAGCUACCUCCUCCAGGUCCUCCGUUACUUGAUUGAGUUUGAGCUCAAGGAAAGCGACAACCCCAGGCGGCUGCUGAGACGAGGCACCUGUGCCUUCAGCAUCCUAUUCAAGCUUUUCUCUGAAGGACUCUUUUCUGCAAAACUUUUUCUUACUGCAACUUUACAUGAGCCUAUCAUGCAGCUUCUGGUUGAAGAUGAAGACCACCUGGAAACGGAUCCAAACAAGUUGAUUGAGAGAUUCUCCCCUGUCCAACAGGAGAAGUUAUUUGGAGAGAAAGGCACAGAAAAGUUCAGACAAAGAGUGCAGGAGAUGGUUGACUCCAACGAGGCCAAGCUGGUGACCUUGGUGAACAAAUUCAUUGGCUAUCUCAAACAAAACACUUACUGUUUUCCUCACAGCUUGAGAUGGAUCGUGUCACAAAUGUACAAAACGCUCUCGUGUGUCGACAGGCUGGAGGUUGGGGAGGUCAGAGCAAUGUGCACAGACCUUCUUCUGGCGUGUUUCAUCUGUCCUGCCAUUGUUAACCCAGAGCAGUACGGGAUAAUUUCUGAUGCUCCUAUAAACGAGGUGGCAAGAUUUAAUCUGAUGCAGGUUGGGAGACUUCUGCAGCAGUUGGCCAUGACGGGCUCUGAAGAGGGAGAUCCGCGUACAAAGAGCAACCUUGCCAAGUUUGACAAAAGUUGCGUGGCUGCUUUCCUCGAUGUAGUCAUUGACGGGCGUGCAGUCGAAACUCCCCCGAUGUCUUCUGUCAACCUCCUGGAGGGGUUGAGUAGAACGGUGGUUUACAUGACGUACAGCCAGCUAACUGCCCUGGUUGCCUUUAUGCGGAAUGUUAUGUCAAGCGAUCAGCUGAAAGAAGAUCGGAUGGCGUUGGAAAACUUGCUGGCAAACCUACCCCAGAACAAACCAGGGAAAAGCAGCAGCCUUGAAAUGACGCCGUACAAUACCCCACAGCUUUCUCCUGCAACUACGCCAGCUAACAAAAAAAACCGAUUGCCCAUCGCAACUCGUAGCAGAAGUAGAUCGAAUAUUCUUACGGAUCAGCAUGGAGAUCAUGAAGGAUCCUCCCAGGAGACCAUCCCAGAAGUUCAGCCGGAGGAAGUGCUGGUGAUUUCUUUGGGGACGGGUCCACAGAUUACUCCAGGAAUGAUGUCAGAAAAUGAGGUGUUAAACAUGCAGCUUGCAGAUGGCGGACAAGGAGAUGUCCCCGUCGAUGAAAACAAACUCCAUGGUAAACCUGAUAAAACCUUGCGCUUUUCCCUCUGCAGUGAUAAUCUGGAAGGAAUAUCUGAAGGCCCUUCAAAUCGCUCCAACUCUGUGUCAUCUUUGGAUUUAGAAGGGGAGUCUGUGUCGGAGCUGGGCGCGGGCCCCUCUGGGAGCAAUGGAGUUGAAGCUCUGCAGCUGCUGGAGCAUGAACAAGCCACAACUCAGGAUAAUCUUGAUGACAAGCUCCGUAAAUUUGAAAUCCGUGACAUGAUGGGAUUGACUGAUGACAGAGAUAUAUCGGAAACUGUGAGUGAAACCUGGAGUACAGAUGUCUUGGGAAGUGACUUCGAUCCUAACAUUGAUGAAGACCGUUUGCAAGAAAUAGCAGGUGCGGCUGCAGAGAACAUGCUAGGCAGCUUGCUGUGUUUACCAGGUUCAGGAUCCUUGUUGCUUGAUCCCUGCACAGGUUCAACCAUAUCAGAAACCACAAGUGAGGCGUGGAGCGUGGAAGUAUUGCCAAGCGAUUCAGAGGCCCCAGACUUAAAACAGGAGGAAAGACUCCAGGAACUGGAAAGCUGUUCUGGGCUGGGUAGCACCUCUGACGACACAGAUGUGAGGGAGGUCAGUUCUCGACCCAGUACACCAGGCCUCAGCGUUGUAUCAGGUAUUAGUGCAACAUCUGAAGAUAUUCCUAAUAAGAUUGAGGAUCUCCGGUCCGAAUGUAGCUCCGACUUUGGGGGAAAAGAUUCUGUGACAAGUCCUGACAUGGAUGAAACAGCCCAUGGAGCCAGUCAGUUGACAUCUCCCCCUUCUCAGACGGAUUCUUUGCUGGCAUUGUUUGACCCCCUGUCAUCAAACGAGGGUGUAUCAGCUGUAGUAAGGCCUAAAGUGCACUAUGCAAGACCCUCUCAUCCACCACCGGAUCCACCCAUCUUGGAAGGAGCUAUGGGAGGUAACGAGGCCCGAUUACCAAACUUUGGGUCUCACGCUUUAAUUCCAACUGAUUUAGAAGCAUUCAAGCAGAGGCAUUCUUACCCGGAGAGGCUAGUCCGCAGCAGGAGCUCGGAUAUAGUAUCAUCCGUUCGGAGACCUAUGAGUGAUCCUGGGUGGAACAGACGUCCCGGUAAUGAGGAGAGGGAGCUUCCAAUGCCAACCUCCAACACUGGAGCGGCUGUUCUGGUGGCUGCAUCUCAGUCAUCGUCUUCGUCUCCCAGUAAAGACUCCUCUAGGGGAGAGAUCGAAGAACGAAAAGACAGUGACGAUGAGAAGUCUGACCGAAACAAGCCCUGGUGGCGGAAGCGCUUUGUGUCUGCCAUGCCCAAAGCUCCUAUUCCAUUUAGAAAGAAAGAAAAACAAGACAAAGACAAAGAUGACAUGGUGCCUGACAGAUACUCAACACUUCAAGACGAUCCCAGCCCAAGGCUCAGCGCGCAGGCGCAAGCUGCCGAGGAUAUCCUGGACAAAUACAGGAAUGCAAUUAAGCGAACCAGUCCUAGUGAAGGAGCUAUAGUAAACUAUGACAGUGCAGGUGAGAACCUGCGUAAUGUUGUUUUCUUUUCCAUUUCCAUAGAGACCAUGGGGGAUGGUGAGAGUGUGCAUGACUCGCCACGUGACGAGGCUUUGCAAAACAUGUCUGCAGAUGAUCUCCCAGAUUCUGCAAGUCAAGUUGCACAGCCCCAAAGUUCUGCCUUCUCCUAUAGGGAUGCAAAGAAGAAACUGAGAUUGGCUCUUUGUUCAGCAGAUUCUGUUGCCUUCCCUAUGCUGACACAUUCAACGAGGAAUGGUCUCCCAGAUCACACAGACCCUGAAGACAACGAAAUUGUGUGCUUCUUGAAAGUUCAGCUAGCUGAAGCCAUUAACCUCCAAGACAAGAACCUGAUGGCCCAGCUGCAAGAGACAAUGCGGUGCGUAAGCCGCUUCGACAACAGGACCUGUCGGAAGCUGCUGGCAUCCAUCGCCGAGGACUAUAGGAAAAGGGCUCCGUAUAUCGCUUACUUAACGCGAUGUCGCCAAGGCCUGCAGACGACACAAGCACACUUGGAACGGCUGCUGCAAAGAGUUCUGCGGGAUAAAGAAGUGGCCAACAGAUACUUCACUACGGUGUGUGUGAGGUUACUGCUGGAGAGCAAAGAGAAGAAAAUAAGGGAGUUUAUUCAAGAUUUCCAGAAGCUCACAGCAGCAGAUGAUAAAACAGCCCAAGUUGAGGACUUUCUUCAGUUCCUGUACGGGGCGAUGGCGCAGGAUGCCAUAUGGCAGAACGCCAGCGAAGAACAGCUUCAGGACGCACAACUGGCUAUAGAACGCAGCGUGAUGAAUCGUAUCUUCAAACUCGCGUUCUACCCUAACCAGGACGGAGAUAUUUUGCGUGACCAGGUCCUUCACGAGCACAUACAGCGGUUAUCCAAAGUAGUGACUGCAAACCACAAAGCACUUCAGAUACCUGAGGUAUAUCUCCGGGAGGCACCGUGGCCAUCUGCGCAGUCUGAAAUCCGCACGAUAAGUGCUUACAAAACCCCCCGAGACAAAGUACAGUGUAUCCUGCGGAUGUGUUCCACCAUCAUGAACCUGCUUAGUCUGGCAAAUGAAGAUUCAGUACCUGGGGCAGAUGAUUUUGUUCCUGUUCUGGUCUUUGUCCUCAUAAAGGCAAACCCGCCUUGCUUGCUCUCCACCGUGCAGUACAUCAGCAGUUUCUAUGCCAACUGUUUGUCCGGAGAAGAAUCGUACUGGUGGAUGCAGUUCACAGCGGCCGUUGAAUUCAUUAAAACGAUCGACGAUCGCAAGUAGCCCCCAACAGCGCGUGUGGGCCGCCUGCUAGCCAGUACGUAAGAAUGUACCACAGCUGCAGAAGCUGAAGAAGAGACUUCCCUUGUAUAAUACUGUACAGAACUGAGGCAUUUUAAAACACACCUUUACUAAUCAAAUUAAUUUAACAGAUUUUCCUCUUCUUUUGGCUGCAUUUUUUCUCCCCUAUAGAUCCUGGCACUGCAAAAGGGACCACGGUUUUCAGGUAUUUUGGAAUCUCAAAACACGCAGAAAAUUCUUCAUGCGUUUCCCACCACCCCUUGUCCUGAACCCUUGCUCACGUGAACAAUUCACUCCAUUUAAUUUCUAAUAGCAAACUGAAACAAGAAGAGUCAGGGCAACCACGUGGUGUACUUUCUAGCUUAAUACACCUUUUAUGACUAAAACACCAGCCACACCGGAGGUUUGUCGUAGCUGACAUUAGUUCCCAAUUGUCCUUCACCGAAAUUUAAAAUCCGAGAGGACAGUGUAAAUAUCAUAUACUUAUAUUUAAUGCGUUGCAAUGAUAUUGGGACUCUUAUCCUUUUGAAUAAACAAGCAAAAGCCUCUCUGACCUCUGACAGGUUGUGACACACCGAGUUUUGGUAACGAAAGGACUUCCUUGAAAGGCUAAGGUGAAAAAGGGCAAACUGAACUAUUUAUUAAAAUGUAAUUAAGAUUACUCAAGUUUCUAAAACUGGAAUUUAUACUAGACAGGGCUUAUUAGAUAGCUGAACACUUUUUGGCUAGGGCAUUGGGGUGUUUGAGGGUUGGUAUAUAGAGGAGAGGGACUGUACGUUGCGAUAGAUAAGCCUAAUAUAAAAAAGGAGAAAUAAAAUACCUUACUGUAAUAUUUUUUUCUGAAAUAUUGUGUAUACUGUACAAACCCCAAACAGAUCCUUAACAGAUCCUUGGACUGUAAUAUAUAUUUUGAUUAGUGACAUUAAAUACAUAUGCCAGGGGUUUCGGUGAAUGUUUUUACUAAAUGUUCUCCGUGUUGUCUGCUAUGCAGCAGUGCAAGUUUUACUGUUCCUAUGAAGUAUUUUAAAAUAUAACUGUUCUUUAUGAAACAUAUCAUGGCAUCAGUUCAGGGUGCUUUAUAGAUUUCUCACCCCACCUUUCCCUUAAACUGACAGUUACCACCCUAAAGAAGUCUGUAUGCACAACCCCCCCAUGGA